AUGGAUUUUAAGGAUACAAAGGCCUUUUCCAAUUCCUCCACACGAUAUUAUCCCACAUGGAUCCUCAUUUUAAUCGUCGUCCUUUUGCAAAUUUACCUAAUCUUCACCACCACUUGCUCCGUUCCACUCUCCCCCGCCACCGCUAGAGAACGCGGCCAACUCUCUAACACGGCUGCUGGAGACCCCUGCAGCUCCGGGAGAGUGUUCGUUUACGACCUGCCUCCCAUUUUCAACAAACAAUUAUUGGAAAAUUGCGAGUCCUUAGACCCAUGGACCUCCCGCUGUGAUGACGUGUCCAACGGUGGGUUCGGCCGCCGGGCGACGGAGCUCGUUGGCGUUGUUCCCGAUGGUCUAGCUCCGACGUGGUAUUGGUCGGAGCAGUACAUGUUGGAACCGAUUAUACAUAAUCGGAUUCUUAACCAUAAGUGUAGAACGUUAGAGCCGGAAUCAGCUACGGCCUUCUACAUACCGUUUUAUGCUGGUCUCUCCAUCGGACGGUUCCUAUGGCAGAAUCACACUACUUCCGAUCGGNUUUAUGCUGGUCUCUCCAUCGGACGGUUCCUAUGGCAGAAUCAUACUACUUCCGAUCGUGAUCGGGAUUCUGAGAAGUUGAUUAAGUGGGUCCAGGAUCAGCCGUAUUGGAAUAGAUCGAACGGUGGAGAUCAUUUCAUUACUCUGGGACGGCUGACUUGGGACUUUAAACGGUGGGGGAAUAACGAGUGGGGGUCCAGUUUUGCGUUGAUGCCAGGGAUGAAAAACGUGGCGAGGUUGAUCGUGGAAAGAGAACCGUCCGAUCCAUUGGAUAUCGGUGUACCUUUCCCCACAGGAUUCCACCCUAGAUCUGACGCUGACGUGUUAAAUUGGCAGAGCUUCGUUCGUGAACGGAACAGAACAAACCUCUUCUGCUUCGCCGGCGGAACACGUCAUGGAAUAAAGAACGACUUUAGAGCCUUUUUACUGCGUUACUGCAUCAACGAAUCGGCCGGUCGGUGCCGAGCCGUGAAGUGCACUGCGAACCGGUGCGCGAGUGGUGACUCGGCGGUUCUGGAAACGUUUCUGGACUCGGAUUUCUGUUUGCAGCCGAAAGGCGAUUCGUAUUCGAGAAAAUCGGUGUUCGAUUGCAUGUUGGCCGGUUCGAUUCCGGUUAUUUUCUGGGAGAGAACCGCUUACGGGCAAUACGAGUGGUUCUUGCCGGAGGAGGCGGGGAGUUACUCUGUUUUUAUCGAUCAGAGGGAGGUGAGAAAUGGGUCGGCAUCCAUUAGAGGAGUGCUGGAGAAAUUUAGUAGAGAGAGAGUGAGGAAGAUGAGAGAGAAAGUGAUUGAAACGAUACCAAAAUUAGUUUACGCCAGUGCUCCCGAGGGCCUGGAAACUAUCAACGAUGCUUUUGAUAUCACCCUCCAUGGCAUCUUCCACAGAUUGAAUGAACGUAGUAUCUUAAAUUGA